UUCACGUUUUUUUUUAAAUUAACAAAACAAAUAAAAAAAGGGAAACAUGGGUGAAUUGGUUGAAGCUUUAAUAACUAGUGAUUCAGAAGCUAAUCAAUGGACAUGUUCGGCUUGGGAUCCAAGGACAGGUACAAGUGUGAUGACGUAUAAAGGUGGAGAAGCUGCAGCUUCACAUUGUCUUUCGAUGGUAACCAACAACUUUUUAGUUACGGCCAAUAACACAAAACCAUUAAUUCAUAUUUGGCCAACAAACAGUCAAGAACAAAUUAGUGGAGUUCGCUUAGUUAGUCCAGGCAAAGUCAAUGCAUUAGCCGUUUCUUCUGAUGGUAACUUUUUGAUAGCCGGUAUCCAAGAAAAUAUUUAUAUCUGGCAAAUAUGUUCCGGGAAGUUGUUAAAUGUUAUUUCGAGACAUUUUCAAGCUAUUACGACAAUAAAAUUUACAGAUGACAACUCACAUUUUGUCUCAGCAGGUCAUGAUGGUACAGUUCUUGUGUGGAAUUUGACGAAAACUGCUUCGGGUGAACAGCAACCAUUAUAUAAUUUGAAUGACCAUGCCUUACCAGUUACUGAUAUACACAUAGGUCGCGGAGGUUUACGUGCAAUACUAUGUACUGUUUCUUUAGAUAGAUCUUGCCGUUUUUACAAUUUAAUAACCGGUGAACUAUUGCUAAAUCUUGUGCAUGACGAAGGACUUACCUCGAUUUGCAUAAAUAUUUUGGAAAAUGAUGCUUUUAUUGGUACAGUUUCAGGCAUAAUUUAUCAAUACAACUUGAAUAAUCCACCUCGUAUAAAAGAAUAUCAUAUGCAAGAAAAUGAUUAUAACAAUAAAUUUUUGGGACAUAAUAGUAAUUCAGUAACUUGUUUAGAUUUAUCUUUGGAUGGAAAAAUGUUAGCUUCUGGUGGUAAAGAUAAUAAUGUAUAUUUAUGGGAUAUUGCAAGUAAGCAAGUUUUACGUGUGAUAUCCCAUAGGGGACCUAUUACAAAUAUUAAAUUUAUAUUAUGUGGAAGGAAUACAUUCAAUGCUGAAAUUAAUUUUAAUUUAAUCAUAUCCAAUUUAAAAAGAAUGAAAGAUAAUGAAGAAUCUAGCAUACAAGAUGUUAUUGAAGUCUUUAUUCCCGAUGUUGCUGUUGAUAAUGAAAUCAUUGAAGAUUUUUGUCAAGAAUUUACACAAAGUGAUAGUUUAAGCACCGUUAGCAAAAGUGGUGACCAAAGUGAAGAACUAAAAGCAUUAAAAGAAGAAAACGAACGUCUUAAAAAAAUCAACAGAUCGUUAUAUAAUUUUUCUGUAAAUAAAAUUUUGUGUAAUGAAUCAGAAAUAGAUCAGCACUAAGCAUGA